AUGGUAUCCCUAGACUUUACAGGAGCAUUUAACACACUAUGUUAUCCGGUAGUUUUGGCCUAUUUAAAACACCAUUCUUGCCGAAGUAAUCUAUACAAUCUGCUAUAUUCAUUCUUCCACGAUAGAACCGUCACAUAUAUCACUCCAGAAAAACAAGAAAUAAACAAAUCAAUUAAUAUAAGAUGCCCCCAGGGCUCUCCACUACGCCCCUUACUAUGGAAUAUGUUACUAUCAGGAUUACUAGAAAGAACCUUUCCGAAUCACAUAUAUCUACAAGCGUUUGCAGAUGACAUCGUAGUUGUCAUAGAAGGGAACUCAAGAAGAGAAUUAGAAGAAAGAACUAUCGAAAUACUGCAAGAAAUAGGACAGUGGACAUCCGAACGUAAACUAUAUUUGAACUACUUGAAAUGUAUAUGUCUAAUAAUAACUAGAGGAGAACUAUAUAAAAAAAGACCCCCAAUAAUAAAAUUUCACGAUCAUAAGUUAGAAAUAGUGAAACAACUUAAAAUUUUAGGAGUCAUUUAUGACUCACAUUUAACCUUAUUACCACACCUUCAAUAUAUAAAACAGAAAGUUCAAAUCCACACAGCCAACAUCUCAAAAAUAUACUCAACAAAUUGGGGUAUCACAUCAAGCCAACUACGGGAAAUAUACUUACGAAGCAUAGAAAGAUAUAUAGUGUAUGGAUCACCCGCGUGGUGGAGACCAUCAGGAAAUUCAGAUAUGUUAAGACAACUGCAAUCCAUACAAAUGUUACCAUUACUUAAAAUAGCAAGAGCGUUCCGCACAGUUUCUAACAUAAGCCUGCCUAUACUAUGUAAUAUCAUCCCAAUCAACAUUACUCUUGACGUAGAAUCAUUUAUGUUUAAUGUCUUCCAACUUAAGAUACCCGCCCAAUUCGAUAACUUUAGUAUCUCCCCCACAGAGGUAUCGUAUCCUAUAGAUCUUUGGAAAACUCAUCCAACAAAGAGAUUCAAUAUAUCAUUCCAAAGAAUCAAUUCUAUUACUGUAUCUCAAAUAACCAACGUCAUAUCACUCUAUACAGAUGGUUCAGUGUACUUAGAUCAGGUGGGAGCAGCAUUCGUUAUUCUGAAAAACAAUGGAAGAAUUAUAAAAAUAGGAAAAUAUCGCUUACCAAAACACAGUACAAUAUUCGAUGCAGAGGCUAUUGCCAUAUUAAAAGCCCUUGAUUAUAUUCUUAAAACAAGAGAUGGACUACGUUGUAACAUAUACACCGACAGCCUAUCAGUCCUACAAGCAUUGGCAAAUCCAAACAAUGCAAUUCCUUUAAUUAACGAAAUAAAACAUCUAACCCAAUCAGUCAACAGAUUUAAUAGAACGGCUUUUUUUCACGUCAAAAGCCAUACUAAUAUUUUAGGGAACGAUCUAGCCGACCAAUUUGCAAACUCGGCACGUUAUCAUGGCCAAUACAUACACCUACCAAAAUCAAAACAAAAUAUAAAACAUACAAUAAUGGAAUUAGCACGUAGGAGAUGGGAUCACUCUUGGCAAAACGAUGGCAAAAACACAGAAUUAUUUACAUGGAUACCAUCAACCAAUCAUAUACCCAUUAGCUUCCCUCCUUCUAGUAACAUCACACAAAUUAUUACUGCACACGGCAGAUUUCCUUUUUAUUUCUAUAGAUUUAAUAUACACAACCACACUACUUGUCCCUGUGGACAAACUUGUACUAGUAUGGAUCAUUACUUUACUGCAUGCCAUCUAACAAAACCAUUUAUUCAAAAACUUUCAAUAUCGCACAUAAACUUGAAUAUUCGUCAAAAGCUACUGAACUCUAAAACUCAUAUAAAUACUCUGGAGGCGUUAGUUAAACAUAUUUCAGACAACAUUCCAUAG